CGAUUUUGCCUGUGAUUACGACCAGUUUUCUUUGUUGUUUUCGUGAAGAAAGGUGGAUUUUACAUCUUUGCGCGCUAUAACAACAAUAACGUUAAACGGGCGACGCAUAAAAUAUCAGCGUUUUUGUUUGCGGCUAUUGUAAAUAUUUGCAUUAGUGUUACUCUCAAAAUCCUUAUCAAAAUAGGAUAUUGAAGACGUUUUUUUCAUCGAAACAGUUUAAUAGUAUUUUUGCGCAUUACUGGAGUUCAGCCGAAUUGACGUGCCUGGAAACAACUCCUAAAAAUGGAGGAAAAAGAGCACACGCAGCUGAUGACGACAUAAUAAUAAUAAAAAAAAAACAAAAAUAAAAUAAAUUUAUUAAACCUUUAAGAAUAAAAACCAGUUGGCUACAGACUGUGAUUUUAACAUACGUAAUACGAUCUCUUAUAAAUUAAUUAUAAUAAUUAAUAAGAAGUACUAUAAAAUAAAAAAAAUAUAUAUAUUUUGACGUCUUUGAAUAAUUUUAAAUCGAAAAAUAAGUAAAAUAUCGAGUAUUAUAAUUGAGAUUAAAAUAGUGAUGUGCCGCAUAUAAUUAAAUCGUAUGAAUCGUAAUUAAAAAUAAUAUACAAUAAAAUAAAUCGGUAAAACGUACAAAGUGAAAAUUGACGAUAAAUUGUGAUUAUAUAAUAAAUUACAUACUAUAAACAGUUACAAUAUAAAUAGUAAGUGAAAAAUUGAUUGCAGUGUAAGAAUUUUUUAAUUAUUUAUAAAUUAUAUAAAUAAUUGUGGAUAAUAUAUAAAGAUACAAAGUGAAGUAAAUAUAUCAGAAUGCCGGCUAUUUUGACGAAGAUACGCGAACAGGCGUUUCGUGUAAAACCCACCACGACAAUAGCCGUGGGAGUGGGCGUGGGCGUGGCCUUAGCAGCAUGCGCUUUGUACGGCACUAGAGAGAAGAAACAGGCGCCACCAUGCCACAACAAUAAUAACUAUAAGGUUGCGAAAAAUGGUCAGCUGCAAACGGUGGCGAACGGCGCGGGCGGGGAGGUGCAGAGCUGCGGGGGGCGGUGCGGCGCGGAGCAGUGCGCGCUGUGCCGCGGCGACGCCGACACUGACAACAAGCAGAACAUUGAGGAUGCUGACGAGACGCACCCGCCGGAGCCGGAGCACGUGCCCGGACUCAACCUGGAGUUCCUGCGCCAGCUGGUGAGCCUGGCGCGCAUCAUGGUGCCGGGGGUUCGCAGCCACGAGGUGGCGCUGCUGGCGGCGCACACCGUGUGCCUGUUCUCCAGGACCUUCCUCUCCAUAUACGUCGCCACCCUGGAGGGGUCCAUAGUCAAACACAUAGUCCAGAAGGAUCUACGCUCCUUCUCCGCACUCCUGAUGCAGUGGUUCGGCAUAGCGGUGCCGGCCACCUUCAUCAACUCCAUGAUCCGCUACCUGGAGAGCCGGCUAGCGCUGGCCUUCCGCACCCGGCUGGUCAACCACGCCUACGAGCUGUACUUCAAGAACCAGACCUACUACAAGGUGGCCAACCUUGAUGCUAGGAUAGAGAACGCUGAUCAUAGGUUAACAGAGGACGUGUCGGUGUUUACGCAGUCAGUAGCACACCUGUACAGCUCGCUGACCAAGCCGUGCUUCGACUUGUUGCUCAUAGUGCUCACGCUGGCGAGCUAUUCUAGCAAGAUGAAGGGGAACAUAUUCCUUGGCCCCGGCAUAGCGACGGUGGUGAUCUGCCUGACGGGGCAGCUGCUGCGCCUGCUGAGCCCGCGGUUCGGCGCGCUGGCGGGCGAGGAGGCGCGCAUGAAGGCCAACCUGCGCCACGUGCACUCGCGGCUCAUCGCGCACGCCGAAGAGGUUGCCUUCUACGGCGGGCACAAGGUGGAGCUGGGCCAACUACAGUCGGCGUACAAGCAGCUGGUGGCGCAGAUGACGUCGGUGUUCAACAAGAAGCUGUGGUACGUGAUGCUGGAGCAGUUCUGCAUGAAGUACGUGUGGUCCGGCACCGGCAUGGUCAUGCUGGCGCUGCCCAUCCUCACCGGCACCAGGGGAGACAGCACAUCCCACGAGAGCAUCAGCUCGAGGACUGAGUACAUGACCACCUCUAGGAACCUGCUCAACUCCGCAGCGGAUGCCAUCGAGAGGCUUAUGUCUAGUUAUAAGGAAGUGGUGACGCUGGCGGGCUACGCCACGCGCGUGUCGGACAUGCUGGUGGUGUUCGGCGAGGUGGCCCGCGGGCGCUGCGUGCGCGCCGUGCACGUGGCCGCGCCCGCCGCCGGCUUCCAGGUCACCUUCCGCGACCGGCAGCCCGUGCCGCAGGGUAAGAUCUCGUACACGACGGACCUGUCGAUCCGGCUCAAGAACGUGCCGAUAGUGACGCCCGCGUGCGACGUGGUCGCCAGCGGCGUCACGCUGGAGCUAAAGCCGGGCACGCAUCUGCUCAUCGUGGGGCCCAACGGAUGCGGGAAGUCCAGUUUGUUCCGCAUAAUCUCCGGGCUGUGGCCCGUGUUCGGCGGCGAGCUGAGCGUGCCGAAGCCCUGCGAGUGCGCGCACUGCGCCGCCGAGCCGGGCGCGCCGCCGCACUGCCUCGCGCGCCCCGUCAUGUUCUACAUACCGCAGAGGCCGUACAUGUCGAUGGGGUCGCUGAUCGACCAGAUCACGUACCCGUCGCGCGUGGAGGCGGCGGACGCGGCGGCGGAGGCGCGCGCCAUGCACAUCCUGCGCGUGGUGCGGCUGGACGCGUGCGCGGCGCGCCACGGCGGCCUGCGCGCCGUCUGCGACUGGCGGAGCACGCUGUCCGGCGGGGAGAAGCAGAGGAUGGCGUGCGCCAGGAUGUUCUACCACAGACCGGUGUACGCUCUUCUCGACGAGUGCACGAGUGCAGUCUCUCUGGAGACGGAGGUGGUGAUGUACGAGGAGGCCAUCAAGGAGGGCAUCACGCUGCUGUCGAUCACCCACCGCCCCAGCGUCUGGAGGUAUCACACCCACGUGCUGGAGUUCGACGGCGCGGGCGGCUGGUCCUUCCGCCCGCUGGAGAAGGACGCGCCCGCCAUCACGCCCACCCUGCCGCGCAUCGCCGAGAUGGCGGAAACUGACCGGGAGCAGACCAUCGAGUGACGUCACAGCUAACAACUGUCAUAUACGUGACUAUAAAGACUUCAAUGAUAUUGGAUAGAAGCAGGCGUUACUUUGCGGAAGUUCAUCAUGAUUAUAUAAUGAUUUAUUUAUUUUUCUAUCAUCUGCGAAAAGUCGACGAAUCCAUGCGACAACGUCACCCAGGUCCGGGGAUGCUCCAGUUUCGGGGUGAAACGUACGCAGAGAGUAUUUUGUCGGGCCUGGGUGACGUUGUCGCAUGGGUUCGUCGACUUUUCGCGGAUGAUAGCAAAAUAAAUAAAUCAUUAUAUAAUACUUCAAUGAUGUCAUAGAACGUAAUUUACAUAGACUUUGGUAUUGUCAAACAAGGUAACGUCAGUGAUGUCGAACAACGAAACUUACAUGGAGUCAUAAAACAUACCUAAUUAAUAGCAGACCAUCGAGUGACGCCACAGUGAGCAAAUGUCAUACACAUGACGAUGAUUACGUAACUUUAGUUACUUCAAUGAUGUCAGAACAUAAUCUACAUAGACUUUGGUAUUGUCAAACAAGGUAACUCCGCAAACGUCAGUGAUGUCAAACAACGAAACUUACAUGGAGUGGCGUAACGUCAUUAACUUAUAUAGACUGUAGUCACGUCAAACAAUGCAACAGUGUAAUUUUUCAGUGUGCUGUCAGUCUCGUCAAACAAGCUAGUUUACGUGUAUUUCAGUGAUGUCAAACAACGAAACUGACAUGAAGUCAUAAAACAUCUGUAGCAAACAACAAACAAAUAAAUAGCAGACCAUCGAGUGACGUCACCGUCAGCAACUGUCAUACAUAAGACGAUGAUUACGUAUUUUUAUAGACUUCAAUGAUGUCAGAACAUAAGCUACAUAGACAUAAUUUCAGUGUGCUGUGAGUCACGUCAAACAAACUAGUUUACGUGUAUUUCAGUGAUGUCAAACAAAGAAACUUACAUGGAGUCAUAAAUCAUAACAAAUAGGUAAAGGCUCUAGUGACGUCACAUAAGAUAACGCCGUAAACUUCAAUAACAGUCGCGUCAAACAAACCAACUUAUGUGUAUUACAGUGAUGUCAAACAAUUGAACUUACAUGGACUUAGUGAUGUCAAACAAUUGAACUUACAUGGACUUUAGUGAUAUCAAAAUACGUAGAAUCAAGUUAUAAACUAUAACAUACCAUAUUGUAAAGUAAAUAAAGAUAUACCACCACAUAAAUACAAAAUAAAUUUUCGACUUUUGAGAUUUUAAUGCCAUGAUAUUGGAUUAUAUUUUUUAAAAAUUAGAGAUUUCUUUUUAAAUUGAGAUUUUCCGAAAUUAUCUUUAUUAUAUUUACUAUUUAUACUUUAUCCGUAUUUUAUUUAUGAUAAUUCGAUCCAAAACUACCCUUAGCAUAAAACAGAGGAGAUAAACUAAAAAGUCUACAGAUAAAGUGAUUUUAAGGUCUUUCAGUCAAACGUAUAUAUCUAGGUAUACCAGUUAUUAGUAUAAUUUUUAGUAUUUUAAAGUUUUUUUUUUUAUAUGAAUGUUACCUUAGUAAUAUUUUUAAUGUGAUAACACAAAGAAGAUUUACAUAAUUUUAAAUAGGUGUUGUAAGUUAUAGUAACUUUGCCUAAAUUUGAUAGAAUCUUAUAAAAGCUUUAGACCAGGCGUUGUGAGGAUGUGAGUGUGCAUUAGUCGAGGACCACAUUUUGUGUACAGUUUUAAAUUCAGAAAAGCAUGUAGAUUACGAUUCUGCAUGUUGCCAGGAGGUUUGUUGGUCCAUUCUUUUGUCAUAUCCUAUCCCCUUUGGUGUCACCCCCUUCUAUUUUAUUUUCGCAACAAGAAGUAAAGUAUAUAUAACCUUAGUAGUAUUUGCUCAAUUUGCCUCAUUUGGCUAUUAGUGUGAAUAUGUCAUAAUAAAAAAAUUUAUAUUCUCAAUAAAACAAGCAAUAAAAGUAACACAAAUAAUUUGUUCAGUCCUUAUAAUACUCGACACUAAUGCUUUUCGGAGUUCAAAAAUAAAUAAAAUGCGGUUCUCGAAUUAUGUAUACUCAAUACUUUAUAGCGCCUGGUCUAAUUUAAAGCCUGACAAAAACAAAAAUCUUGCUAUAUUGCGGGAAAAAAAGAAACUACUUGUAAUUUUUGUACUAAUACUAAGCACAACUGGUAAAAUACUAGUGGUAUAUUUUACUUUUUAAAAAGUUUUAUUUGCUUUGUCUGUCAAAUUUUGGCAAAGUUAUCCCAAAGUGUAUCCGAUAAGCCUACAAAAAAAAUAAUUCGGGAUACACAUAUUUGUAUGUUAGUAAAUCGAGUAUUGUGACAACUUAUAGUUGUUUACAGUAACUUUAGUGUAUUUGUUUUAUAUUAAGACUAUUUAGUAUGACUAAAGCUAGUUACAGACAUGCGACGGCUGUCUAUUUUGGCUUAAUAUUUUUUUUUUAUUGUGAGGCUGUCCAGACUAAACUUACACGCAGGUACGUGUUUAUUUAUGGAAAUCAUAAAAUAUUUGUUAUAAAAUAUGUAUAAAAGUAUGUAUUUUCUUAUAACUUUGUAAUUGGUUUUAAUAGAUGGCAGCACUAGAAAGUUACUACAGAUUAUUAAAGAUCUUAUUGAAUAGAUUAAAUAAUGAUUAAAAUGAUAAUUUAAUGAUUAAAAUGAUUAUUUUACAGUUUCAAUCGUGUGGUUUUUGCACACUUUUUUUAUUGAUUUUUUUUGCAUGGCAUGGAUAAUAUACAAUUAUUGUGUAGUGAAAAAAAAUAGUGAAAAUAAAAUAAAGAUCUCCAUAAGUUUUAAAAAAUGUUAAUAUCUAGUAAGCUAUGUUUUUAUUUCAUUUAAAUAUCACGCCAUUUUUAGAAAUGACAAAAUUUCAGUCUACAUUAGAAAAUUGUGUAAAAUUAUUGAAAAAUAUAUAUUUUUUGAUUUGAAUUAUAUGAUCUAUGAUGACAAAGUUCUGGACAGCCACUAUUCUAUACAUAUCGACGCACGGACGGAGUGUAGUAUAUUUAGUAGAUUGUGAUUUUAGUGUGAAUAAUUGUAAAUACGUGUAACAUAUUAUAUUGUAUGACAUAGAAUGAAUACUGCUGACCGAUGUGUUGGCGAUGAUAAGAAUAAACGGGGUUUUAUAUAUGAA